GCAAGAUGUUCCGACUAUUGCUACUUGCUUCCCUGGUUCUCUAUGGACGUUGUGAUGAUGACAUCGGUUUCAUAGAGGACAAUGGACGUGUGGUAGGAGGAACUAACGCUGGCAAAAACUCUUGGCCAUGGCAGGUUUCUCUCCAGUACUUGUCUAGCGGCUAUUGGUACCAUACCUGUGGAGCAACUCUCAUCCGUGCCAACAGAGUUCUAACAGCUGCUCACUGUGUAGACAGGUCUGUUUCAUUCCGUGUUGUGUUGGGAGACCAUAAUAUCAAUGCAAACGAUGGCACGGAACAGUACAUUUCUGUUUCAAGAAUUAUAAAGCACGCCAACUGGAACACAAAUAAUGUUGCAGCUGGGUAUGAUAUUGCAGUCCUCCAUCUGGCUUCCAGUGCCUCCCUCAACAGCUAUGUGAAACUGGCCCAGCUGCCUUCUGAUGGUGUUGUCCUGGCCAACAACUUUGGCUGCGUUGUUACAGGAUGGGGCAGAACAAGCACUGGGGGAUCCCUUGCCUCUAUCCUGCAACAGGCUCCUCUGUCCGUAGUUGCAUACUCAACUUGCUCCAGCAGCACCUGGUGGGGCAGCAGCGUGAAGACCACUAUGGUUUGUGCUGGUGGUGAUGGAAUCCGUUCUUCCUGCAAUGGGGAUUCUGGUGGCCCCCUUAACUGUGCUGUCAACGGAGUCUAUCAAGUCCAUGGUAUAGUCAGUUUCGGAUCUGCCAGUGGAUGUAACAUAAGCCGAAAACCAUCUGUAUUCACCAGGGUGUCAGCCUACAUUUCCUGGAUCAACAAUGCUCUUUAAAGAAACCACAAUCAACCCAUGUGCGAUUUAUGUUACUUCUCUUGUUUAAAUGAUAAUAAAGUACCACAGGCAAA